GAAAAGUUCUUACAGUAUAACAGGCUGAAUUCACCCCUUCCAUCAUUCUCCUACAACAUGUAAAUUUAAACUGUGUUAUAAUCCUAUUCCUAAAUACACUGGAAAAAUGCAUUUAAGCUGGAGGACUUGUGGGUUUACCCUAGGCUCUGUCUGCCCAUGCCGAUCGAUGUGGUUUAUACGUGGGUCAACGGCACAGAUCUUGAACUACUGAAGGAGCUACAGCAGGUGAGAGAGCAGAUGGAGGAGGAGCAGAAAGCAAUGAGAGAAAUCCUUGGGAAGAACACAACAGAACCAACAAAGAAAAGUGAGAAGCAGUUGGAAUGCCUGCUGACGCACUGCAUUAAGGUGCCAAUGCUUGUCCUGGACCCACCCCUGCCGGCCAACAGCACCCUGAAGGACUUGCCAUCCCUUUAUCCUUCUUUUCAUUCUGCAAGCGAUGUAUUCAAUGUUGCAAAACCGAAAAACCCCUCUACUAAUGUGUCUGUCGUCGUUUUUGACAGUAAUAAGGAUGUUGAAGAUGCCCACACUGGACUGUUUAAAGGAAACAGCAAACAGACAGUUUGGAGGGGUUACUUGACAACAGAUAAAGAAGUUCCUGGGUUAGUGCUGAUGCAAGAUUUGGCUUUCCUGAGUGGAUUUCCACCAACAUUCAAGGAAACAAGUCAACUGAAAACAAAAUUGCCAGAAAAUCUUUCUUCAAAAAUAAAGCUGUUGCAGUUGUAUUCCGAGGCCAGUGUAGCCCUUCUAAAAUUGAAUAACCCCAAAGAUUUCCAAGAACUGAAUAAGCAAACUAAGAAGAAUAUGACCAUCGAUGGAAAAGAACUGACCAUAAGUCCUGCAUACUUAUUGUGGGACCUGAGUGCCAUCAGCCAGUCCAAGCAAGAUGAAGACGUUUCUGCCAGCCGUUUUGAAGACAAUGAAGAGCUGAGAUACUCGUUGCGAUCUAUUGAGAGGCAUGCACCAUGGGUUCGGAAUAUUUUCAUCGUCACCAAUGGGCAGAUUCCAUCCUGGCUGAAUCUUGACAAUCCUCGAGUGACAAUAGUAACACACCAGGAUGUUUUUCGAAAUUUGAGCCACUUGCCUACUUUUAGUUCACCUGCUAUUGAAAGUCACAUCCAUCGCAUUGAAGGUCUGUCACAGAAGUUUAUUUACCUAAAUGAUGAUGUCAUGUUUGGGAAGGAUGUCUGGCCAGAUGAUUUUUACAGUCACUCCAAAGGUCAGAAGGUUUACUUGACAUGGCCUGUGCCAAACUGUGCAGAGGGCUGCCCUGGCUCCUGGAUUAAAGAUGGCUAUUGUGACAAGGCUUGUAAUAAUUCCGCCUGUGAUUGGGAUGGUGGUGAUUGCUCUGGUAACAGUGGAGGGAGUCGCUAUGUUGUAGGAGGCGGGGGUACUGGUAGUAUUGGAGUUGGACAGCCCUGGCAGUUUGGUGGAGGAAUAAAUAGUGUCUCCUACUGUAAUCAAGGAUGUGCAAAUUCCUGGCUUGCCGAUAAGUUCUGUGACCAAGCCUGCAAUGUUUUGUCUUGUGGGUUUGAUGCUGGUGACUGUGGGCAAGAUCAUUUUCAUGAAAUGUAUAAAGUAACUCUUCUCCCAAACCAGACUCACUAUGUUAUCCCAAAGGGUGAACACCUGCCUUAUUUCAGUUUUGCAAAAAUAGCCAAAAGAGGAGUUGAAGGUGCCUACAGUGACAACCCAAUAAUUCGACACGCUUCUAUUGCCAAUAAGUGGAAAACCAUCCACCUCAUAAUGCAUAGUGGAAUGAACGCAACCACAAUACAGUUUAAUCUCACAUUUCAAAGUACAAAUGAUGAAGAAUUCAAAAUCCAGAUAACAGUAGACGUGGACACAAGGGAAGGACCAAAACUGAAUUCUACAACCCAGAAGUCUUACGAAAAUUUGGUUGGCCCCACAACAGUUCUUCCAGAGGCAGAAAUCCUUUUUGAGGAUGUUCCAGAAGAAAAACGCUUCCCAAAGGUCAAGAGACACAAUGUUAACACAACAGGGAGAUUCCAAGAGGAGAUGAAAAUUCCUGUGGUCAAUAUUUCACUCCUUCCAAAAGAGACCCAGUUGAGUCUUCACAACUUGGACUUGCAACUGGAACGUGGGGACAUCACUUUGAAAGGCUACAACUUUUCCAAGUCAGCCUUGUUGAGGUCAUUUCUGAUGAACUUACAGGAUAGUAAAGUAAAGAAUCAAGCUAUCAUCAUAACAGGUGAAAUGAGUACUAAUUUGCAGGCCCUAUCAGAAAAUUUGGUUUCCAAAAUUGGAGACAGUUUAGGAGCUUCUCAAAGAUUACAGAAAUCAACUUUACCAGUAAGGAAAGUAAAUGUGAAUGGUAACUCCCAGGAUCAGAACCCACCCAUGGUCUUGGAGACCAAAGCAAGAUUAAAAUUGGAGACUCAGAACCAAAGUAUAGUAGGUGGGAGUAUGUCCAAAGAAAAGCUCUCAUCUCUGAUUAUUCCACCUGAGAACCAUGAGGCAAAAGAAAAGCUCACAGGGAAAGAAGAAGAGAAAAACAGAAUGGAGGAAAAUGCUAAAGAUCACACAGGUAUUAAUGAAGUAUUACCCGGAAGAAAGCUGCAGCAUUACACAGGAAGUUACCUAGGCUUUUUGCCAUGGGAGAAGAAAAAAUACUUCCAAGAUCUUCUUGAUGAAGAAGAAUCAUUGAAGACACAGUUGGCAUAUUUUACUGACAGCAAACAUACCGGGAGGCAACUAAAAGAUACAUUUGCAGAUUCACUGAGAUAUGUAAAUAAAAUUCUAAACAGCAAGUUUGGAUUCACGUCUCGGAAAGUCCCUGCACACAUGCCUCACAUGAUUGACCGAAUUGUUAUGCAAGAACUGCAAGAUAUGUUCCCUGAAGAAUUUGACAAGACGUCAUUUCAUAAAGUGCGCCAUUCUGAGGACAUGCAGUUUGCCUUCUCUUAUUUUUAUUAUCUUAUGAGCGCACUUCAGCCACUGAAUAUAUCUCAAGUCUUUGACGAAGUUGAUACAGAUCAGUCUGGUGUCUUGUCCGACAGGGAAAUUCGAACACUGGCUACCAGAAUUCACGACCUGCCUUUAAGUUUACAGGAUUUAACAGGUCUGGAACACAUGUUAAUAAAUUGUUCAAAAAUGCUUCCUGCUAAUAUCACUCAGCUAAACACUAUUCCACCUACUCAGGAAGCAUACUAUGACCCCAACCUGCCACCAGUCACUAAAAGUCUAGUAACCAACUGUAAACCAGUAACUGACAAAAUCCACAAAGCAUAUAAGGACAAGAACAAAUAUCGGUUUGAAAUCAUGGGAGAAGAAGAAAUUGCAUUCAAAAUGAUUCGUACCAAUGUUUCUCACGUUGUUGGCCAGCUGGAUGAUAUUAGAAAAAAUCCCAGGAAGUUUGUUUGCUUGAAUGACAACAUUGACCACAAUCAUAAAGAUGCUCAGACAGUGAAGGCCGUUCUCAGGGACUUCUAUGAAUCCAUGUUUCCAAUACCUUCCCAGUUUGAGCUGCCAAGAGAGUAUCGGAACCGAUUCCUUCAUAUGCAUGAGCUUCAGGAAUGGCGGGCAUAUCGGGACAAAUUGAAGUUUUGGACUCACUGUGUACUAGCAACCUUGAUUAUAUUUACUAUAUUCUCAUUUUUUGCUGAACAGUUGAUUGCUCUUAAGCGGAAGAUAUUUCCCAGGAGGAGGAUACACAAGGAGGCUAGUCCUGAUCGAAUCAGGGUAUAGAAGAUCUUCAUUUGAAAAUCAUCUACCUCAGCACCUACUGAGCAUCUUAAACUCAGCAUCACAGGGAUGUUUUUGUGUUGGGAAGCUUAGCCAACUUUGCCGAAAGAAGGGAAGACAUCCAGAACCAUGCUGUUCCAUGGCUUGAGUUAUAGCCCACUGCCCAGGAAUUAUUGAAUUAACACAUUGAAAACUUGUGUGUUGAGCAGCUUUGAACUGAUUUUACUUUUAAAGCAUUUGCCCAUGGACUUGGCAUUUUGUUUGUAAGAAGGCUUGCUGAAGAGCUGCUAAUUUCCUCCCACCACCAUUGCAAACUAAUAUGAGAAGCCAAGGCCAGCUUGGGAGCAAUUGCUGAGACCCCAGUGUUUGCAUUCCAAAGCCUUUUGUGAUAGUUUUUCACUUCUGUUUUCCUUUUUUCCAUUUUUCAUUUUUAAAAUAAGUAGCCACUAAGUUCUGAAAAUAAUGAAUUGAGGUGUCUACAUAUGUUUUUAUGAAUGUUAUUUAAAUAAUGCCAUGAUAUCACCUAUUGGCAACAUCUAAAUUAUUGAUUUUAUUAACACUUAAGUGGUUUUGAACCACUAAUGACUACUGAAGAGCUCAAUGACUGACAUUGGAAAUGCUUUGUGCUUGUUUAGUUUAGUCCCUAAGAAUACUAUGAUUUUGUGCACAGGCCUAAUUACAAAGGGCUAGAGUUAAGUAGCAGUGCUACUUACCAGAUGUAAUUAUGUUUUGGAAAUGUACAUAUUCAGCAAAAGUGCCUCAUUUCAGAAAUGAGUGCCUUUCGCACUAGCACACAACUGUGGCGUCUAGUUUAAUACUCAUCAGUAUAUCCCAGUAGCUUUCUGUCUCUCUCAGUCGGUUUUGUAUAGAGCAAGGAUCAACAAGUUUUUUGUGUGAGAAGCCAGAUAAUAAGUAACUGAAGGAUACAUGUGCCUCUGUCACAUAUUCUUCUUUGUUUAGUUUUUUUUUAAACAACAAUAUCAAAAUGUAAAACCCAUGUUUAGCUUUCAGCUGUACAAAAACAGGCAACUAGCCAGAUUUGACCCAUAGUCCGUUGUUGGCAGACAAGGAGGAUUAACUUCUUUUUUAUGUAUGGGUAGACCCAGACGUUCAGGCAUGUUUUGUUACAUCAUUUGCGGAGACCUGCUCUCACGAGUCCUGUUUGAACUCUUGGCAGGUAUUUUAGAUCAUGAUCUCAACAGUAUUCUUCAAAAAUGGCACACAUAUUUUGUAAAAAGAACUUGAAAUGUAAAUACUGUGUUUGUGCUGUAAAAGUUAUGUAUUUCAAAA